GUUGAUGGUGAUGUAGAUUGAAAAAUCAAAGAUGUCCCGAGAAGUCAUUUUAACUGACGAUGAAAUUUUCAAAAGUAUAGAUGGUGACAUGAUUGAAAAAUCAUUAAAAGGUACUCAUGUCAAAGUACAUGUUGAUAACCUUAUUUCUCCGAGCAGUGACCAUUGCAUUAGAUUAUUAAAUGAAAAUCACGUGAAGGAACUUGCAGAUUCAUUCAUUCAAAACUUCCAGCCUUACACUACAUUAGUUGGACUUCUACGUGUAUGUGAAAAUGUCCCUAUUGCUGACCUUUGUUUACCAGGAAAAAAAUGUGUAGAGGUUCUGGGUGGAAACCACACCAGAGCAGCAUUACAAAGAAUUUUGAAUUCUGAUGAAUGUGUGCAAAAGGAAAAAUACGAAUUUGUUUAUAUGGACAUCUAUCAGAACUUGACCAAAGAUCAAGCUUUGUUUCUAGCAUUUAAGCACAAUGAAAUUCAUGAACACUCCCAGGAGUUAAGUUUUGCAGAAAAAGUCAGCUUUUUUCGAAAACUUCUCCUAACUUGUCGGAGGAAUUACGCUGGACAGACCCCCAAAACUAUUUCAACUAAAUGGAGGUCAGAAAUUGCAGCAAUCAUGAAUAAAUCGAAAACUGAUCUGAAAAAUUCUUACAAGGUUCACCUUAAUUUAGCAGCCAGUGAAGAUGACAUUUGGGAACUUAUUAAAGACGUCUUCACAGCUUUCGAGCACGGUUGUAUUAAAGGACAAAAAAGAUCAGAACAGUGCUCUCAGUACUGUUUCUGGCAUUUUUCGAAGGUUAAAAGAAAAGACCUUAAAAUAUUGUUGCUUACAAGAUUUAAGAAUGGAGACCUCAUUCCAGAAGAAUUCCGCAGCGCUUGUCAGAGAUGUGAAAGAGAAAGUGCAACAGAAGUGCCUGAAGAGAAAUCACCUACUAAACGCAUGAAAACGACUUCGCAGAAAAGGAAAGCCAAUGACGAAGCAGAAACAGAAAGUAUUACAAAAUGCAAACGGUCAAAAAAGAAAAUGGCUGAAAAAGAAACCCAGAUUGACUCGGACAAUAAAGAAAUUAAAGAACUAAAACAGAAAAUUGUGACCAUGUCGGAAAAGCUAAGAUGUACAGAACAGUCUUUGAUUGAACAAAAACAUUUGGUGAAAGAAAAAGAUGGCAAGAUUGUUGUAUUAAAGAAGCAACUAAUUUCUGUGGUGACAAAAGCUGAAGAGCAGAAAGUUAUGGUGGCAAAUUUGAACAAGAGGAUUAUUGAUUUGGAAAAAGAACUUGAAGUGGAAAUUCAGAAUAGAAUGCAUGCUGAGGAGGCUGCAGUACGGGCCAGGCAAAAUACUCAGAUCACACCCACCAGUCAGCAGAAAAGUUUAGAGAAAAGGAAGAGCGUUCCAGAUGAUUUACCAAGGGUUCGUUCAGCUGGUGAGAAAAAGAAAAACAAAGAAAUAGAGGAGGAACAAGAAAAAGAAAUCCUAUUGGUUGAAUACACCAACGGCAAAAUAUUUUAUGCUGCAAGAAAAGGAGCUAUUCUCACAUAUUGCCACAAGCCAGUAGGAUUAAUUAGAGAUGCCCAAUUUGUGCAUUCCCCUCAAAAACAUUCCUUUAAACUUAAUGACAAGGAUCAGCAAACUUUCCAACAGGAAUUUAUAAUUUUAUCAAUGAAGGGAAUAGUUGAUGAGAACAUUAUCAAAAUAGAUAAACUGUCCACAACUGUAGAUGAGCAGUUGGUAGCAAUUACCAAAUACAUUGAGGAAAAAUAAUGUACUGUAAUCUACUCUGCCAACAACAUAUAUGUAUAUUUGUAUUACAUGUAUCUAGUGAGAAUAUUUUUGUAGAUAAUUGUGUUAUGAUGGAGGAAUAUUCCUCCUUGUAUUCAUUAGCACUGAUAACAGAUAAAAGGUAUAAAUGUUCCCUUAUGUUCAUAUAUGCUCAUUCUGUAAGAAUCUUCAUAUAUUCAAUUGACUAAUGAUGAAAAAAAAUUCUACUAUGCACUCGUUAAAAACACAUAGGGGUGAAGAAAUAUUCACUUAGUAAAUUUACAUACUGAGAAUAUUUGUUAUAGUACAAUCCACACUUUCCAAAAGUUGUUCCCCUUUGCGGGUUCAACCAAAAAGUCAAAGGAAAAAAACAUUUUUUUUUCUUCUUUAUGCAACAAAGUAUUUGGGCGUCCUGUUAAGAAAUUCUUGAAAUUUAAUUUAUUUCUUUGGUAUGUGGGUUGCCCCAACUUAGGGCAAUCAAUAUUUGUGAUGGGGGACUAUUCCUCUAUCAUUUACAGCUACACAUCAAAAGGGAAGAAUGUUCCCCUAUGUUGUUACUAAUACAUAUUAGUUUAUUUAGUUAGAACAGUUUGUGAUGGGGGAAUAUUCCUCUAUCAUUCACAGCUACACAUCAUGAUGAAGUAAUGUUCUCCUAUGUUGUUACCAAUACAUAUAAGUUUUUUUUUUUUUUUUUAGAUAUUUGUGAUGGGGGAAUAUUCCUCUAUCAUUUACAGCUACACAUCAAGAUGAAGGAAUGUUCUCCUAUGUUGUUACCAAUACAUAUAAGUUUAUUUUAUUCAUUAAGAAUAUUUGUGAUGGGGGAAUAUUCCUCUAUCAUUUACAGCUACACAUCAAGAUGAAGGAAUGUUCUCCUAUGUUGUUACUAAUACAUAUAAGUUUAUUUUAUUCAUUAAGAAUAUUUGUGAUGGGGGAAUAUUCCUCUAUCAUUUACAGCAACGCAUCAAGAUGAAGGAAUGUUCUCCUAUGUUGUUACCAAUACAUAUAAGUUUAUUUUAUUGAGAAUAUUUGUGAUGGGGGAAUAUUCCUCUAUCAUUCACAGCUACACAUCAAGAGGGAGGAAUGUUCUCCUAUGUUGUAACCAAUACAUAUAAGUUUAUUUAGUGAGAAUAUUUGUGAUGGGGGAAUAUUCCUCUAUCAUUCACAGCUACACAUCAAGAGGGAGGAAUGUUCCCCUAUGUUGUAACGGAUACAUAUUAGUUUAUUUAGUGAGAAUAUUUGUGAUGGGGGAAUAUUCCUCUAUCAUUCACAGCUACACAUCAAAAGGGAGGAAUGUUCCCCUAUGUUGUUACGGAUACAUAUAAGUUUAUUUAGUGAGAAUAUUUGUGAUGGGCGAAUAUUCCUCAUCAUUCACAGCUACACAUCAAGAGGAAGGAAUGUGCCCCUAUGUUGUUACGGAUACAUAUAAGUUUAUUUAGUGAGAAUAUUUGUGAUGGACGAAUAUUCCUCAUCAUUCACAGCUACACAUCAGGAUGGAGGAUUAUUCUAUUAUGUUGUUAUUAAAACCUAUGUGCUAACUCUGACAGUGGGAGUCUUUUUGAUGUUUGUUAUCAUGUAAUGAUGAAGGAAUAUUCCUCCAUGCAUACAGAUGGAGGAUUGUUCAUCUUUAAAGUAUUGACUUAUAUAUGCUAUGUUCUCAUAGCGUGAUAUAAAUAUAUGAUUCCUACCAUAAAUUGCAUUAAAACCCAGAAAAAGUACUCGUGGA